AUGAAAUAAAGAAAAGUGCAAUCACCUUAAGAGAUUAUUGCUUUUCUUAGAUCCUUUAAGAAUUACAUUAAGAAACCUCAUUCAAUGAGUCCUUAAAGUCGAUGUUAAACUAAUGUUUAGACAGCCAAAAAGAUGAUGAAAAAUGAUCAUCUACUGAAAUCUCCAACUGAAAGAAAAGAGAAUAAUGAAUUUCAUUGUGACGGUAUUGAGAAGAAGAUUGAGAAUUUGGCUAAUUAGAUCAAAGAUUUGUAGUCAAAGUAGGAACAAUUAGAAAAUUAGCAUUAUUAAUUGAGCAAGAGUGUCAAGAAGUUAAAUUUAGAUAAAAAGCACUAAUUAUAAGUAAGAGGGAGAAAAAUUAAUUUUAGGAGCGAAGUUAGAUGAUAAAAAAAUUAGAUCAAAUGAUUGAUAUCUAACUAAAAUAAGAAGAAAACCUGAAUUAAUUUAAGUAAUUAUUUGCUUCUCGAAAUAUAAUUAAUUGA